ACCUUCCGAACAUCUUGCGUCUUCCUUCGGUCCUCCACAUCUCUCUCUCUCUCCCCCCCUCUGGAUUAGGGUCGUCCGCUGUGUCUUCCCAUUCUUUGAUUAUAAUCGGCAGGGGAAGCCCAAAUCGCGGUGGGGAUUUUCCGGUUAUUCCGGCUGCCUCUCCUGUUCUCUGUGUUUUGCGGCAUUCCGAUCGGGUUCCGCCCUUGUUUUAAAUCCUCUGUUUUCGUUGUUGAGGGGGAAAGGGCAAGAAACAAGCGCGAGGAGAGAAGAAAAUGGUGAACAAAGUAGGAGGCGCUUUGCCACUCACGUCCCUGAACCACAUCUCCCUCGUGUGCAGGUCGAUCGAGGAAUCGAUCGACUUCUAUCAGAACGUUCUCGGAUUCGUCCCCAUCAGGAGGCCGGGGUCCUUUGAUUUUGAUGGCGCCUGGCUGUCCAACUACGGAAUAGGCAUUCAUCUGCUUCAGGCGGAGGACCCUGAAUGCCUGCCGAAGAAGACCGAGAUCAACCCCAAGGAUAAUCAUAUCUCUUUUCAGUGUGAGAGCAUGGGGGCGGUGGAGAGGAAGCUGAAGGAGAUGGGGAUCCGCUACGUGCAGAGCAUGGUGGAGGACGGUGGCAUCUACGUGGAGCAGCUCUUCUUCCACGACCCCGACGGCUUCAUGAUCGAGAUCUGCAACUGCGACAACCUGCCGGUGGUGCCGCUCGUCGGAAGCGUCGCCGCCUGCCCCAGAGUUAACAUGGUGAAGCAGCAGCAGCAGCAGCAGCAGCACAACAAGAUGCAGCAGCAGCAGCAGCAACAGGUGGCGGCGCUGGUGCAGCGUCUCUCGGUCGGUUCCACCAAUGAUAUGGCUUUGCAUGAGCUCUCGUGUUAGGAGAUUUUGGAGCAGAGAGGGAGAGCAGUCUUCUUCUUCUUCUUCUUUUUCUUCUUUUGCAGUCUGUUGAUACCUAAAUGACGAUAAAUAAAGUGAAAUGGUUUCCAUUUCGUUGUUAAUUUUGUUAA